AUGCGAUCAUGCCAUCGUGAACUCACCGUAAAACCGCGCACCCUAUCUCCUCAAAUUAUCCUGGCGCCGCAAAAGGAAGGGGAAGGUACACACGCUCUGAGCUCCUGCGUGACGAGGAUUCAACAAUCAACCAAUCAACAGGUGUGCGUGAGAAAAGAGGGGAAGAUGUCAUAGGUCGUGGUAUGUUUGGAUGUGGAUGUUAUGGUGUGUCGCAGGCGUGUGUGUGUCCCCUUUGUUCAAUGGUGUACGACAUCAGUGGCCCUGGGCCGAGAGAGCGUGAAAUCUGGUUGAACGACCUGUCGGAGGAGGGGAUUGAGGUGAUUUGCUCCGAAGACUUCGGCAUUGAGUACCUCUCAGUGUCGGCAGGCUGCCAGGAGAAGGUCAGUGGUCGGGAGGGUAAGGUUUGGGGCGCCAACAACUACCUCGUGGUCCCUAUGGCAUGCCGUGACUACAUCUCCAACUCGCCCAAGUCGUACAACGUGUUGUUUGUCGUCGCGACGGUGACAUCGGAGACCUACCUCAGCGCCAAGAACAUGGGCGUUCUCCGACAAGACGCCGAUCACUCCAUCGUACCCGAUGGCGUUCGCGGGACACCAUCGAUGUAUGUGGACAUCGAAGGUGUGGCGGUGCACUGCUACCAAUCACACGGCCACUUCGCUGAUGCCAACGUGCUCGGGAUGGGGGCCCUGCGGGACCUCGGGUGGUCGCCGAUGAUCAACUGGGCAGACAACACAUUCAUGCUGACCUCUCUCACGGAUCUGCCGCAACUGUGUGCCCAUGGGACGAUGCUUAAACCAAGGUCAAGGCACGGGGGGUGAUGCAGCACCGCCAUCGCCACCAUCGCAGCCCCCAGACACCCAGCUCUGCCCGCGAUGGGGGGAGAGGGCGGGUGCGCAUUUGUCUGCUGCAUUGGUGCGGGCUGCUGGCCUGUGUUUGAGGGGCGGGAGGCUGUCAUGGCGUAGUAUUGGGGCGAUGGACGGCGCUGGAGUGUUGUCAUCGGAUGAGUGAGCGUGGCCUUUGUGCAGAGGCAUAUGUAGAAAAAUUCAUGCGGACGAUGUGUGGACAAGUGAGUGCAUGGAUGCGAUCUGUCAAUUAUCU